CACAUCCGGGUCAGUCUCAGAUUGAGUGUGGUGUUGACAGGAGCUCGGUGUUUUUGUCUUUAAUUUCUUUUCUCCUUAAGUGUCGCAAUGAUGUAGAUAAGGAGGAUAUUUGUGAUCCCUCCAUGACACGCGUGACCGGCCUCCGUCCCUGCGGGAUUCGGCGUGAAGACUGUGAGGACGUGAUCAACUGUGAGUGUCUCCAAGGGGGAAGGAUGUGGCAGAGUGUUGGAUUAACCGUGUUGGUGAUCGUGGCCACGCUGAUAUGUGUCCUCCUCUUCAUGCUCUUCGGGUGGUAUGUGGUGUGGCAGCUCUUCCUAUCGAAGUUUAAGUUCCUGCGGGAGUUGGUGGGUGACACCGGUUCCCCGCAGGCUGAAACCGAGCCUUCCGAGUCCGAGAGCGAACGCAGCUCGCCUCUGACGCCCCGCCACCGACCCAAGACCGCUCGCCAAAGGAUCGUCCCUCCAGACAGCACUACAUAGAGCCCUGAAACAAGAUUUACUUAUUUUUCUGUCUCUCAAUAACCGUUUUCCUUAUUUAGGCUGGAUAUGAGGUAGUUUCCUAUGACCUGUGCCCCGCCCAUCUGUAACAGACCUGCAUUAAUUGCUGUGCUCUGCAGCCACUCAGUUGUCAUGGUUACACUGGCUCUCCUCGCCUCCUCUCUUUUCUGCUAUUUACUGAGCUCGGAAACCCGAUAAAAAGUCACUAAACUUCAAGUUAAAGUCAAGUUUUGGUGUGUGAACUGAACAAACAUGUAAACUGGAGCGCAGCAACAUGUUUACUUCCCAAAUAACACGCUGCUACCCUUGGCCUGUGUAACAGCGUGGAUGUGUAAAUAUAUAUUACUGUUAACUUUAAGCGAUCUGUUAAAAUCGAAUGAAUCAAGUUAACAAAAAUCUGAUUUACAGCUGACAACCAAACAUCCAGUAUUUCCGUGGACAAACAUCACUACUAUUUACACUGACAUUUAUCCAAUAAGUGCAAUGAAAUCUUCUUUAUUUUUCUUCGGAGUGGAAAUGUCACAGAGCAAACAAACAUUUUAACGGGCUGCACACCCUAAAGACAUUAAAAAUCGCCCCACAAGGAGAAGGAGAAUGGUGUUAUAAAAGUCUGUGUGCUUUGAUGGCCGUCAUUAGUUGCCUCCCUCCCUUGUGCCUCUGGCUUGGGUUGAAGUCGCUUUAUAAAAGUGAUAGAGCUAGAAAUGCCACUGCCCGACCUUGCCUGUGUUGUAAAACUGUAUUCACAGUUAUAUAUUAGUUUGUCAAGUUCUUAAGAAAUGCAGCUGUCACAUAUGUAAACGGUCAGAUUUACAUGUUACGUUAAAUGUAUUCUUUUGUCCUUUAUGACAGUAGAUGUUUUCCCUUCAUAAUAAACAUAUUUCAUCAAUGACAUUUCUGUGAUGAAUUUAGAUUUUAAAGGAAUAUUCCAGGUUCAAUACAAGUUAAGCUCAAUCAACAGCUUUUGUGGCAUAAUGUUGAUUACAACAAAAAUUUAUUUCUCGUCUAUAAAAAAAAAAUAAAGCACAAAUUGAGGUUACAGAGAGGCACUUAAUAAUAAUAAUUAAUAAUUGUAUUUAUUUAUCACACAUUAUACAUUUGCACAUAUACAGUGAAAUUCUUUUUUUU